CGUGGGUUUGCUAAAAUGUUGUCACCGUUGUCAACGUUGAACGUUGUUUUUGGAGAUGAAUCCAUAUCCAGACUGUAUUUAUUCAGUCGAUUGCGGCUUGGUCGGGCCAAAGAAGAGGGAGCUGGAGCUGGAGCUGGAGCUGGUGGAAAGGGACACGUCGUUGUGGGCAUCUCUACAAAAUGUAAUUUAUUGAUUCAACCGGUGGUAACUAUACGAAUUUUGCCAAGGCUAGUCAACUGAUUUUUUAGAUAGCACAAUCAUUGAAAUCAUGCCCAAUUUUACCUCUUUGCCGUCAGCUCCGCUGCGAGCCCGCGGCGCUCACAAAAGUCGUCCUCGACUCGUGGAAAGCAGCAGUCAUCAUCCUCGUUCGCGACCGUCUCCGCUGCUGUCAUCUUCGGAUCCGGGAUCUCAUACCGGGCAUGGCGCAGAGAUGGACCAAUUUUCCAGGAACUUGAGAUUAAGAAAGCGUGAUGAUAACAAAAGAAUACUGGUUUCCGCUUCUAUGAAAAUCGUCUAAUUGCAGUGAUCAUCCCUAACUCU